CGCAAGAAGCGGGUUAGGGAUACAAACACUGAAAGGAGAUCAAGUGUGAGAUCAGUUUGGUUUUCGCAAGAAAAAUGCUGCAGCAAUGACUUCUUUGGUGACCGUGACUGCAUCGCACCAUCCAUCGCUACCUGAACCAUGCACAGUCCCAUAACUUUGCUCGAUAACAUCUUAACUUCGUUGCACUAUGAUCCAUCAACUGAAAGCUAAGCUUGUAUGUUUCUCUCUCCUCUCUUUUGUCUUAGCCGGCACCUCGGCCCAACAAGCUCCGGUGUACAACGUGGCUCAGUUUUCCAAUGACACAAGCUUGCGAGUUCGACAAGACGUGUGCGAGCGGUACCGACGCUACGAUCAAGGAGAUGUGGAACUGCGACUUGCCCUGGACGGCAUGGCGCUACGUCCGCUUGCCAUUGCAUCCAACUUUUUCCAAUUGGAUGACGAGGGCAAGAUCGAUGCCAACAAUCCAGGCCAUCAGGUGGACGUUCUGGAUGAAUUGGCACGCCGUGCGGGAUUUACUUGGAGAGACUCCUUUGGUACCACUGGCUUUCUUCCUCCUGACACCACCCGUACUUACACGGAUCUUUUAAUGUGGGGAGCAGACUACUUUGAUUUCUUUGUGGCCAGGUGGGCGAACUCGUUGGAACGCCUUCAAAGCGGGAUUACAUUCCCACAGGGGUUCUACGACGAUUCACUGAUUCUGGUGGCAGUAGCCGAACCGCCCAAUGACACUACAAGCAUCAACAUGUGGCAGUGGUUGGAACCUUUUGAAACAGAAGUGUGGAUCUGCAUCGUUGUCACCAUCUUGUGUUCGGGAGUUCUCUUUCAGAUUCUCGACAUGCCCACACCCAAACAGAAACGAAAUAAUAAACACAGAAAGCCAACCUUUAACGAAUUCCGAAAACAACAGCAGCGUGGCUCCAUCACUGCUGGCGAUGACGGCGGAGGUGGCGACGGCUGGGACGACGACGAUGUUGCUGUCCCUCCACAGCGACGACGAAGUUCCGCAGAGAUGGGCGAAGCUGCUGCGGAAGCACUCUACGACGGCGCUCACACACUGGGGGAUGGGAUCUUUCUCUCCAGUCUACUUUUCACUCAACACUUUCAGUUUGUUCCCCGCACAAGUCCAGCUAGAUUGUUCAGUGCAUCCAUGGCACUAUGGGCACUGCUUAUUUCCUCCAACUACACUGCCAACCUUGCCAGUUUCUUUGUCAUUGAGAAUGCGCCAAGUGUGGAAAUUCAAUCCAUUGAGGAGGCUAUUCAAGCGAGGUAUCCCAUUUGUAUUUGGGGUGGCACGGCAUCCGCAAAGUACAUCACCGAUCAGUACCCGCAGGCUAUCACUGUAGAGGUGGACAAUGACAACGAGGACAUGUUCCGUGCCGUCAGAGAAAACAAAUGCGCUGUUGGAGUCACAGCAAGAGCCACCUUCGAAUUGUACAGGGACCAACAUAGUGCCAACCCGGACUGCGACGUGAUUUGGGUCGGCAGAGUUAUUCGAUAUUCCUCGGGAUCUUUUGGAGUCAAGGCUGAUUCUGGAAAACUUUGCACCAGCCUCAUCAGUGACGUGAUCAAUUUGCACCUCACCGAGAUGAAGGCAGAUGGAUUCCUCGACAAAGCUUGGAACGAUCACAUGGCCAAAAGUCACGAUCAAGACUGUGCAGCCCUUUCUUCUUCCAAAUCAGAGGAUGCAACAGCGAGUAGAUCACUCAAUGAAAUGGCUGGGACAUUCCUCAUUCAUUUGAUAUUUGCUGUUGCCGCAAUAAUACUCAUGAUCAUUUUGCGGCUUUUCGAAAAGUAUCAACAAAGGUCCGACGAAUCACGAAAACAUUUCCGCCAGAGUGUCGUGACGGGACGUCAAAGAACCACCAUACCUGCGAAGGCUCCACUGCCGAACAGUACCGAUACUGGUACAUGCAGCAACGUUAGCAUAGAUACGGAGGAGGUCAACGCACCAGCAAUCAGUUACAGUAGUCGCGCUCAACCACGGGUGGCCUUCAGCAGUGGAGAAACCCAACUGAAUGAUGUCUUGGCAUAUCUCAAGGCAAUGGAAGUCACGAAUCGUCAGAAGCAGAACGAAAUGGAGGAAAAGCUGAAUGCACUUGUGGAGCUCAUGCAGAACCAACAAAGCAAAAACAAGCUUUCAUCUUGGGAUCUGUAAAUCUUUGGGAAUUUUUGUCUAUCUAUAGUUGGUGCCUUUGAGUUACGAUAACCCACGUAGAAUCUCCGCUUCCUCAGUAAACCGAAGUCGCCUCCGUC